CUCAGUUUAUUUUGGCACUUGAAAUGAGGCAUUUGUUUUCCUAAGAGAGUACACUAAAUAAAAGGUAUAUAUUUCAAAAUGUUAGAGUUUUGGAUUGGUUUGUCGAUUGCAUUUUCGAUAUUCUUCAUCACAUCCAUGGUGGUUAUGAUGAGAAGGCGUCAAAAGGACGCCAAAAACGUGGGCUACGUCAUCAAUGAUACCAACAUACCUGUUACAGUCACCUCGGCUACACACACAGCUCCUGGGGGAAUUCCACAGACACAUUAUCAACAAGGACCUGUUACGCAUUUUAUGCAUCCUGCUGCACCAGUCACACAAUAUACACCAGCUGGUGUUCCAAUGACAGUUUAUCCACCACCACCCAACUAUCAGCAGUCCAAUGCUUAUGCCACAUAUCCAUCACCAAUAUCUAGCCAAAUGACAGUACAGUUGACGACAGUGCAAGGACCACAGUCCAGCUUAAACACCAGCAGUCCAACCGUACAACAGCGUUUGUUAAACAAUGAAGCAGCAGCUGUCUCUGAUCCUAGCGUGCUUCCAAGCGGCGAGGAGAAACGUGCCUUGCACCAAAUGCACUCUGGAGCAGUAGAAUCAGUUAGCCAGAUAUAAACACUUUUGUAAUGGCCUUUAUAAAAUAAAUUUGGCAAAUACAAAA